GCAUGCUAGUGACAUAAAAAUGUCUAUGGAGAGCAUACUGAGCUUAUCUUAUCUGUGAUUCAUCUGUUCCUGCUUUGAUGGCAGAAUUAUGUGCGAAGUAACUGAUUAAUCAAUGUGAUGUUUUGUAGAAACAAUAACAAGAAUGCCAAUACAGGCACCACAGUGGACUGAAUUUCUUUCUUGCCCAGUUUGUUGUCAUGACUUUGAUGUGGCUGUACGAGGUCCGAUAUCUUUAGGAUGUGGUCAUACUAUAUGCCGUACAUGUUUAGCAAAUUUGCAUCGCAAGCAAUGUCCUUUUGAUCAGAGUACUAUAAACACUGAAAUAGAAAGGUUACCAAUAAAUGAAGCUCUGCUUCAACUAGUUGGUAAUACUGUUCCAACAAAUGUUGCGACAUCUUAUCAAAAAUUAUUACCACCUGAAGAUCAUGCUAAUUAUUUAGUGGCUAAGCGCUGUGUAGAAGAAUUAGCGCUUUAUUUAAAACCAUGUCAAACACAUCCAACUAUAGCAGCAGGAAUGGGACUUGUGUCUCGUCCUAUGCAAAGAAAAUUAGUUACGUUAGUAGGCUGCCAAUUAGUAGAACCAGAAGGAAGAGCACGUGCUGUACGAGCAGCUCGAAGCCUAGGAGAAAGGUCCGUCACAGAACUAAUAUUACAACAUCAAAAUCCUCAACAACUUAGUGCCAAUUUGUGGGCUGCUGUACGUGCACGCGGUUGUCAGUUCCUUGGUCCAGCAAUGCAAGAGGAGGUUCUCAAACUAGUUCUUUUAGCUUUGGAGGAUGGUUCGGCACUUUCAAGAAAAGUUUUAGUAAUGUUUGUGGUUCAACGUUUGGAACCGCAUUUUUCACAAGCAUCGAAAACAAGUAUUGGACAUGUAGUACAGCUUCUUUAUAGAGCAAGUUGCUUCAAGGUAUCCAAACGAGAGGGUGAUUCAUCUUUAAUGCAGUUAAAAGAAGAAUUUAGAACAUAUGAUGCAUUGAGAAGAGAACAUGAUGCCCAGAUUGUUCAAAUAGCAACUGAAGCUGGAUUACGAAUAGCUCCUGAUCAAUGGUCAGCUCUAUUGUAUGGAGAUACUGGUCAUAAGUCUCAUAUGCAAAGUAUUAUUGACAAGCUACAAACGCCACAAUCUUUUGCUCAAAGUGUGCAAGAAUUAGUUAUUGCCUUACAACGUACACCUGAUCCAGGACAACUUAGUGGUUUAAGGCCACAGCUAGAAUUAUUAGCUGCCAUAGAUCCUAGUCCAGAAACAGAACUACCCACAUUAGCUGAAUGUCGCGCAGCAUUGGAAGCUGUUAGAACUGUGGUUGUAGCAUUGGUGGAAUUCAUUCAGCAGCAUGGAAGUAGAAAAUGUUCAGAUGGCACUCAUAAUAUUGGUCCAAGUCAACCAAAGUAUAAAGUGAGCAUGUGCAGAGAUCUUGCUCUUCGAGGAUCUUGUCCAAGAGCUACAAAUUGUACUUUUGCUCACAGUGACAUGGAACUUGACAAGUAUAGGUCAAAGAAUCGAAAGUUGAGUAUCAGGUCAAAUUUACCUUUGAACAGUAACACGGAAUUAAAAACAGAUAAAUCUAUUGUUCAAAACAAUAAGGUUUUUAAGCAAAACGAAGAGGCACAUUAUCAUUCCAUAAAACCACAUGAUAUUCAUAGGGAUAGUUUUACUUCAUUGAAUAAAGUUAAUCCAACGCAACAUCCUAUUAUUAAUAGUGAAAAUAAUUUGGUUGGAUCUGUGACAAAUUACAUGUUGGCACCACCACAGAAUUUAUCACAUAUGGUUCCAGUAAAAAACAUGGAUAUUCAUUGUCCUCAUUAUAUUAUGCCUGUAGCAUCCUUAGAUUAUAAUACAACAGAUAUGAAUAUGUGGGAUUCGCCGCAAGUAACGUCAGGUGUUACAAAUGGAAUUUCUAAUAGUAAAAAGCAACGAAUAGUAGCAAAAACGUUGGCAAUGUUGUUACAACGUAGAAUGGAAAUUCUAAAUCAACUUAAAACUAUAGUCAACAAGCAAGCUCCACAAAUGAAAAUGAAUUGUGACAUCCAAGGAGAUGUGCUUUCAUCGAAUUUAUCAAUUUGGACAAAUUCAUCUGGAAGUCCCAUAGGUCCUUCAUCAAAUAUGAGUUGCAGUAAUAAUUUUCGAUGUGCAGAUCCUGUAUUAUUGGAUGAUGAAUUUGUACCAUUCGAUGCAUCAUCUUCGAGCAAAUAUGGACCAAUAUCCAAAAUAUCAACAACCAUGAUAAGAUCUCCAAAUUGUGUAUCACCUACAAGUUUAUAUAAUGAGGGUCCAACUACAAUAUCUACUUUUCGACCUAUGCCUCCUAAUUCCAUUUCAUCGUGGUAUUACGGCAAUCAACCUUAUACACCUAUUGGUACAAACGGAGGAAUGCAAUCUGUUACAACAUCUAAUUAUGGGGAUGGAUAUAUUGCUCUUGGACGAAAUAUAUCAGAAUCACAUACACAUUCACAUCUUUUGCAACAGGAAUGUAUGUCGAAAGAUAACAUUUAUUACAGUUUAAUCUUGGAGUCACAGAAAGUAAAACAACAAUUAAAACAUUUAGAGAAAAAAAUAAAUGAUUUAAAGAUUGCAACACAAGGUGCAACUUUAACAGCCAGUGAAAAACUUGCACAGGAAUUGCAAAUGAUUGAAGCAGGUAUUAGGGAAAAAGAAAAGGAUGUAAGAAAUUGGAGUCCAUAUGGUACCGUACCAUGGAUUCAAUCAUCAACUAGCUUACUUACAAAUCAAAGUUUCAAUCAGGAUUAUAAGACCGAAGAAGAAGAUACAUAUGAGGCUGGUAUUGCAAAUGAUAUGCGUGAAUUAGAAUUACGAUGGGAGUUUGAACUGCAAGAACAAGAAAAACAUUGGUCAAGCGAAGAAGAUAGCUCGAAAAAGUAACAUAAUUUUGCAGUAUUAAAUAUUAACUCCCAGAUUUGACAAUGACUCAAGAUAACGCAUGUGUUUUCACAUGUUUGUAUAAUUUUUGAAAAAAUCUUUUAUGCGUCAAUGCGUUUACUUCUAUAAUUGGAUAAUCGAAAGUAAGUAGAAUUUUUAUUCUUUGCAUAAAAAGAUCUAAGAUUAUUCUAUUUAAAAUCAACAUUAUAUACAAAAAAUGAUUAUAUGAGCAUUUUUAAAACAGCAUAGAUUUAUUAUCUGAUUGAGAUAAGUGAACCCUUUUGUUAAUACUAUAGUAUUGUAAAAAGUGGACUCACUACUUUUGCAUAUACGCUUUUGUAAUUACCGAUUUUGUAAUAUUUCUUAUGCAGAAAAAUAAUACCUUUCUUGAUAUUUAACCUUUUAACUGGGGAUAACUUGUCAUAGUACUUUGAAGACUACGCAUGUCGUCUAUAUUCUUUAAUAUCAUACGUAUUAUAUAUAAUAUUCUUUAAUAAUCGUAUAAAGAGCAAAUUUUUAUUUAAUAUGUUUACUGUUAUUACAUAAAAUAUUUGCGCUUUUAGUAAAUUAGCUUCCCAUUUAAAAGGUUAAACAUAUUAAUUAUUGCUGUAAAUAUGUGAUAUUUUAAAAAAUUUGUUAAACAUGUGACAAUUUAUAAAAGCAAUUCAUUUAACCAAACAGAAGGUUAGAUUGUUUUUACUUAUAUUAUUUUGCUGAUAUUUUGAAAGUAAUUUAACGUACUUGGAAACUUAAUAAUUCAACUGCCGCUUUGUCAAAUACAUUCAGACAAGCGAAAGGUAGUUGUUACUUGUAAUAAAAUAAAAAAUUUCAUUGAAAACAAAUGGACAUAUGAACACAGAUUUGUUAAAAUUUAACAGAAAUUGAUGUCAGUGUUUUAUAAACAUGACAAUGUAGUAUACUCAAUUUAUAUGUUUGCACAAUGAAGUAAAACAUACUAUAAUACAGAAACAUUCUAAAGGAAUGUUAUUUAACCUGAGUGAAGGUUAUAUGAUAAAAAUAUACAAUUAUAUAUAAGUAUUGCAGAUAGGUGAAAUUAACAUAUAAUGUGUGUGUGUGUGUGUCCAAAUUUUAUAUAAUUAUUAUCAUUCUGGUCAUCUACUAAUUCAUUAUUGACAUACAAGAUAUUAAUGAUAGACUUUUAUUAUCCUACAUAAUUUUAUAUAAACAGAAUUUGUUUUAAAAGAGCAUAAGUAUCUUCUGCUUAAAAAAAGAUUUUAAGUUGUAUAAGUAACUAAUAUAACUACAAAAUUAUAACCUUAUUAUCCUUAAAUAUCUAUAGAAUAAUUAUAAUAAUUCUAUUAUAGCAUUGUUUAGUAUG